CUGAUAACUUUUGUUAUCUCAAUUUCAAAGCAAACAUCCCAUUUGUAUUGUCGAGUGCUCGAGGGUCUGCAGCAUGUGCUAUUAAUGCAGAUACACAUCGUCUCUUAACUCCUGCUGGGAAUUAAUCUAUCCAUCUUCCUUCUCUCCUUUUUUCCAGUUGACCAAAGUAUGUUUGAGAACUCCGUUGCCCAGCAGCAGAGUCCUCAGACGUCCAGGCCCGGCCCCCCCUCGGCCCGCCGCCCCCCAGCAUCAGCUAACCACAACCUGGGGUCCAGCUCCGUCGACUCUCCUUCCUCCGGAGGACAGCAGAGGCUUAAGAAUGCCAUUAACCUGGGCAAGGCUGUCGGGGCAAAGGUCAAUGACUUGUUAAGAAGAAAGGAGUCCAGCCACCUGGGGGACAUUGGGGUCACAGAGGUCAACAAGAACGUUGAUGUGGUGUGGAGCUGUAUGGAGCAACUCAAUCAGACCACUGCAAACAGUCACAUCUCUUCCUUCGACUCCUUCCCCCGGCUGGACCCACCACCCCCGACGGGGAAGAAGCGUCUGCCCCGGGCUCUGAAGACCACCCAGGACAUGAUGAUCUCCUCUGACCCCGUGGUCUCCUCCCCGGACCCCGCUGACUCUUCCUCCUUCCUCUCCUCUCCCGAGAAGUCGCCCCUCAUCGGCCCAGAGGAGCCGAGGAACAGUGAGGAGCAGGAGCGGGGCCAAAAGGAGGACGAGGGGUCAGAGGAGACCCCCCUGGGCCCCGCAGAGAAGAAUGCUGAUCGCUGGGAGAAGACGGAGAGCAAUGGAAAAGUCCAUGGAGUCACAGGUGGAGGAGAAAACGAGGUGGAGAGCGGGAGCAGUGACGGAGGCGAGGAGGAACAUCAGCCCCAGCUCUCUGUGCCGGACCUCAUCAACAAAGACCCCCCGAUGGUGGAGCCCAGAGCCAAGCCCUGCGACGUCUGGCAGAAGGCGUCGGGGCCCGAGUCCCGUCUGGCCUCCACCCCUUCGGGGAAGACCUCCUGCCGCAUCAGCCUGGGCGAAGACAUCCUGCUGGGGAACGGUGCCCCCUGCAGUAAAGGGGCUGAAGACCUGGAGCCCCACCCCGACCUGCUGUCGUUUGAGUAACAAGCCAGAUUCCAGAUCAGUACGUCUCAAAAGAAUUCUGCUCUUCAUUCCAACUAAAGAGGUAAUUCAAACGGACUGAUGGAGUACUGAUCAAACAUUCACUGCUACUUUGAAAUACUUCCUGCUUCAGGGUUUGCUUUAGGGAAAGGGAACACUUCCAGGAAUCAGGACAUGGCCCCGAUCUUUUUACCAAGACACUGCUAGCUUCAUGCAGAGGGAAUACAUAAUCUAACAUUUCAAACUAUAAAACACACACAUAUUAAGGAUUCAUUUUUUCAUUUAGUGUUUUAACACUUCCAAAGUUUUAUAUCAUGUAACCUCUGCUUUAGUUAUGAAGAAAUAUCAGAUAAUGAAUUUAAUUGAAGAAAUGAAAUAUCCCUUUUAAUGGGCGGAAUAAGUCAUAACUACUCAAUUCUGACAAAGAUUAUUACUUUCAAAGAAUGUAUUAAGUUAUUAUAGUAUCAUGCCAUUCAUUUUAAAAGGGAUAUUUGCUUCAUAAUGGUCACACUGCAAGUCCAUUUCCUACAUAAACUUCUACUUAUAUUAUAUUACAAUAUAUAUAAAGCAAUAUCUUUUAAAUUCAAUAUAAAUAUAAGUUAUAGCAGAUUUUUCCUAAGUGUAAUUUCCAGAAUGAAAACUGAGUACACAAAGGGAAACAAGAUGGAGAGGCUCGUUGAGUGCGGACGUGUUAAAGAUGGAGAGGUUUGGGGGGGGCGCUUCACUUUCAGUUCACUCGGUACAAAAUGUCUUGCAGCAGUUUCUCAGAUUGUGUCAGGACUGGAAGACUUUUGACCCGUACUGUAGCUUCAUUCAUAUUAAGUAAUGUAUCCCCCUAUUGGUCCAGAAAGAGCUAUACAUAAUCCGCUCCUACACUGGCCCCUGGCACAGAUUGUGAUCCUGAAAAUGACCUCUUUUUAUUUUUUAAAGUAAGAUUAUUGACCUGCAUCCCAAUCAAUAGGUCACCUCUGUUUUGAUUUAUUUAUAUUUAAGAAAUCUGGGAUAGUAAUUUUAAAAAGAAAAACAAGCAGGGAAAAUAAAAGGCAGUGCCAAAAUCAUGCAAGAUUUUUAAGAGUUAGGACUUUUUUAAAGGACAUGUAUUGCUCUUUGCUGGGUCUAGAUUAAACAGUGUUUCAGAACAUAAACAAUACUACAUUUAAAAGACUGUAUUAUGUGGUGCUGGCAUAUUACAAUAACAAAUGAGGCAGCUUUGCCCUGGACCCCAGUCAAUAUGAACUAAUAUGUCCUGAGCAAAUAUUAGUAGAAACAAAAUUGAGCAAUUUGCGGGACCAGAUUGAGGGAAUUUAAAUGAGCGCAUCUCUGGUCCAAAAUGAGAAUGACUUUCAGGCUUCAUUACUGCUGACAUUUUUUUUAUUUUAUGAACUGAAAGUAGACUUCUUAUUAUACCCCGAAACCUCACAGAGUCUGGAUGAAAGGAUGGGCUCCUGAGAAGUUGUUUUCCAGCUAAAGAGCCCGAGAAGAUAAUGAGCUGUCAACAGAGAGAGAUGAAAGGUGUGCUUAAUCACCGAGUGACAGACCAAAGACGAAAGAAUUAGCGGCUCGAUCUUGUUUUGUCCGAUUGUUUUGAGUUGAAAGGAAGCAAUAAUUCAUGAGGAAUAUAUAAUCUUCUCCUUAAUGUGAUGGAAAAAUGUAAACCAAAGUCAGAGCAUUUGAAAUAUUUAAUAGCGAUUCACUGGCUUGUUUUUGAUUUUCUGACUUUUCUGACUCACCAGAGACUGAGUCAGCUUAAAGGUGAGCUGAUAUUAACACUAAAUAACCUGCUGCUGCGUUAUCUGCUUCGACUGAAUCAAUGUGUGGCUGUUGCAGAAGUUGUCUUAGAGAAAUUCUGUAUUUUAUCAACCCUAUUAUCCGAGCAUUAGUGUGUUUUUAUUACACUUCACACAAGGAUACAAAUUGCAAAUUUCAAAGACUUGAAAUUUCUGUGAGAUCCUCAAGUGGCCUCUGUGAGUGACCGCUGUGUCCUCGUAAGGAUUUCCUGACUUCAAAGAUAAAGGGUGAAAAUUCCCAGAAGACAGUGAGAGGGACACAGAGCCAGCUGUAGUUUGGCCCAGCAGAAUGAGAGGAAUGUGGCACAAAGAGAAAGGAAGCUUUGUCUCUCUGACUCCGUCUUACAUACCACAAGUGUCCUCAUUUAUUUGAAGCUGUAACAAAACAGCUCAACCAAAUUACAAACAAUAAUUUCCGAAUUCUUUCGACCUUUUUGUAGACCGUUUAAUACAUUUUAUCUUAAGUCUUAAUAGAAAAAACAUUAUGUAGAUUGUACAGAGGGCCUUUUGUGGAAUCGCUCUGCUGAGUUUCCAAAUGUCAUGUUCGAGUGCUUUUAUGAGCGCAAACUAAAUCUAUCUCCACCAUAUCGGGGUGGCGGAUGUUUCCUAAAUGAAACCAUUUGCAUUGCUAGAUGACACCUUAGUGGAAAAUGUGUUAACUGAACUGGCCCUUAAAUAUCUGUGGGACUAGAGGGUGGAAAGCAAAAAGACCAGAACUUGAGACCUUUACUAAAGUGGUGAUUGUAAUUACCCAAAUAUAGGCCAAAACUUAAUGUGUCACCCUAAAAAAUAGGACUUUUUAUUUUAGGCUUCAGUUGUACUAAUUGAACUUUUCUCGAAGCCCCUGAAAACAUACUUCAAAUAAUUUUUGCAUUUCUGAUACUAUUAGGUGGUUAUCACUAAAUGUGCAACAAUCAAGUUUGAAACAACGCUCUUAAGUGUUAUUUAUAAAGGUUUUACUGGUCAAAUACUCUGAUGUGAUCACAUUUAAUUGACAAUGUUGUUGAUUUGACUCAAAUGAUGUUGAUGGAAUGUACAUUUGUUGCUUUUGUUCUCAACUAAGUGCAUUUUGAACCAGUGUGAACCACAAAUAUCCCAUUGAAAAUAAUCAAAAUAUUUCCAACUUUGUCAGAAAUGCUCCGUUCAUGUUGUGUUUUCAUGGACUUAAAACUAAAAAAAGGAUUGUGUCUGUGUGUCUCCUGAAUCUGACUUGUAUUUGAAGCGACAAUAAGGAUGUUUAAAGGAUUCAGGUGAUAAGAAAGUGUCACUCAUCACAGAUAAUGAAUAAACACUCACUAAACUGACAUCUAGUUAGAGGGUGAAAGCAAUAAAAAGAGAGGUUGCUUCAGAGAAAGAAAAGAAGCCGAAUGCAUUUCUAAGACAAUGAGAGCAGCCGCUAAACCACUAAAGUAGAUUUAUAUUGUAUUUUCUGAUGAAGGAACAGUGCUGUAUAUUUGAUGGAAAUGUUUUAUCGCUUUGUUUGUUUUUUUUACAAAUCUGUGAAUAUGCGAAUUGGGUUUUGCUCUACAAAUGAAGGAAAGUGAUUUAUUGUCAUAGAAUCUAGUUAUGGCCAUUUGUGUUAUGUAGAUGCCUUUAAUCAAUUUGAUAAAAGAAAACAAAUGAUGCCACGUUGUUUUGUUUGUUGUUUAAUCUUUUGUGUUUGUGUAAUAACUCCAACAAUUAUGAUGAAUGAAGGUAGACGCUGCACAUUUGCUAAAGCAAACCUGGGACUUUUUAUCGAUUUAUAAAAACUGCUGCAAAUGAAAUCUUUAUUUGUUUAAUGUGAUGAAAAUAUGCAACAAAAAUCAAAGUAAAUCAAUGAUUUGUCUUUAUCCAUGUUUCCUUAUGUAUCAUUUUUAAAAGUGGGGAAGUAAUAACUCUUGUUAUGACUGUAAUCUGUUUUAAUGAAAAAUAGAUCUAAUCAUGACCUCAAAUCGUUGUUUUUUUUGUGUCUUUUUAAAGAUGUAUGUGACUUUUUUCACUCAGUUUAGAAAAAAGACUUCAUUCAUUCUGGGCAUAUGCCGCCUUUUAUGUAUUUCCCCCAUCUCACUCCUGUGACAGUGGCCAGCUCACUUCCUGUUUGAUGUCCUUGUUGGUUUCUUCUGUGUGUGUUCAGUACAGUCGGGCCCUUGUGUGUGUCCUGUCUCUGUUUGAUUGUCUGUUUUUCAGAGAACCAAACACUGGGAGAUGGCGAUGGCGGGAAUUAAAAAGUGGAAGCUGCUCUGAUGUUUAAUUCAUCUGUGUUUGUCCUGAUUCAUGGAAUCCUGCCCUUUCUCUUGGCGUCUCCGAGUGUUGCCGGCCUCGUGUUUGUUGCUGAAACCCGCAUGGAGACGGGACAGCGUGAUGAGGAUUUUUAUUUACCCGACUUCCUAAGCAGCCAUUCAGCUAAUUCACACAGACAAAGCGAAGAUAGUCAGCUCACCGAGAUGAAACAGGAGAUGAGGGGGUGAAUGUCAAACUGAUGCGAGGAUGGGAACAGAUGUGUAAUGAUUACUGGAUGACUGGAAACACAGAUGAAGAGGCGGAUAAAUGUCUAAAAAGGAAUCAAAGAUAAGACUUCCUGUGUCAUUGUGCAAAUGGCUUUUCCAAUACCACUAGAUAUGUUUGAAAUUCACUAAAUCACGUUGUACAAUGACCAAGAGGAGGGUCUGAGCAAGUCUGUAGUCAUCUCCCAAGUCAUAAAGUUUGAGUCCUAAACAAGUCAUAAUGUGCUCAAGCUGACCCAGAGAGAUUUGGCUUUGCAUCAGGAAUAGCAUAUAGGAUUAAGGGCACACCCUUAUCCCAGUCUUUUCCUGUCUCAAGACAGUAUUUUCCAAGCAUUGAUUUCAACGUUUGAUGCCAAUACUCAAGCGCACCUUGUGUCUCUGGAUGGUAGGCACUAGAGACUGAAGGAGAAACUCCCACCCACUGCAAAGUCUGUCUCAAGGACUUGGAGAAGAAGGUAGUUCCCUGAUCAUUCUGCACAACUUUCAGUAACCCAAUGGUGUAGUGAUUUUUACGCUAGGGAAUGGUCUCAGGAAACGGGUAGAGACACACAUUAGAGUUAGUAAGAACUGAUUACCAGCCUUGAUCUUCGGCGCUUGACCAACACAGUUCUCAAUAACAUGUUCAAAGGGCUCACCAAAAGUCGGAAAAGGACGCAACAAAAUACGAUGCCAUUUUGACCCUUGUGUAUACUGCAUUACGGUAUUUGUUGACCACAGCAUAGUUUGUAUGCUAUUAGUUAACAUUGAUUUCUGUAUCCCUCAAUGAUACGCUUUUGCAAAUUACAAGUGUCUGUGAUUCCAGUUUAAAAGACGGGA